GAUGUAAAUUUAUCAAUAAAUUAGGCUGGAUUUAAAAAGGUGUUUAAGAAAAAUCUUAUUAAACAAGAACUGUUAUAAUACUGAAUUGGUGCUAUUAUAUAAAACCUUAACGUAACAGUGUACAUGUGAUGCACUUGACGUUGACGUUUAAGUGACGUCAUUCUAUUAACAUUAGUUAACUUUGGAUUAUGCAGCAAAUGAAUAGUAACUCGUUGUUAAUCGUAUGUUCGUGCCUUAUUUUCGCAAGAUUCGUCAGAGUUGCAGCUACAGGAACACAAACUCAUUACAACGUAAGGAUUGGUGCAGCCGUGAAUUUUCAUCUUCCUGACGUGUCAAAAUGUGCCAAAUUCGUCUUAACCGACCCUUUCGACAAUAUUAUUGUCACUGUAUACAAUAUGUCAUACACAGAAACCGACAGAAAGUACGUGGAUAGAAGUAUUAUAGGACGGCUCGAUAACGGAACUUGGGUGCUCACCUUGCACAACAUUCUACAGAGUGAUAAUGGAACAUUUCUGAUAAAGCCUAGUAGUGGGCAAAGUCCGGAUUUGUGCUGGAGAAUAUAUGUGUUGACAACCUAUGAUAUUCACUGGACGUUGUGGAGCGCAUGGUCUGCCUGCGACAUGUCUUGCGGUCCCGGAAAAAGAACGCGCACGAGACAAUGCAUACGACCCACGUGUUUGCUUGGAGACAAGGUAGAAACAGCCAUAUGUGAAGGCAUCCAACAAUGUGAUGUUUUCGCCACAGUUGGAUCAAUGGCUUAUCAAUGGACAGACUGGCAGUCAUGGGGAGCUUGCAGUGUAACAUGCGGAUAUGGAGUGAUGACUCGUGUAAGACAGUGUCAUGAUGAUAAAGCUAUUAUUGAAGACCGGAGAUGUACCGGAAGUUCCAAAGAAAACAGAACAUGUUCGAUCUCCGAGUGUGAACCCACAGUAGGAUCAAUGGCUAAUCAAUGGACAACCUGGCAGUCAUGGGGAGCUUGCAGUGUAACAUGCGGAUAUGGAGUGAUGACUCGUGAAAGACAGUGUCAUGAUAAUGAAGCUAUUAUUGAAGACCAGAGAUGUACCGGAAGUUCAAAAGAAAACACAACCUGUUCGAUCUCUGAGUGUGAACACAUUGACGAAACCAGUCCCGGAAGUGGUAAUUUAGGAGCAGACGAAAAGGUCGUACAACUUCCGUUAUAUAGCAUUGUUGGAGCCGGUGCGGGUGUAUUUAUUCUCAUUCUGAUUAUUGUCAUAUGCGUGCUGGUGAUGCAACUUAAAAAGAGAGAUUCUUUUAAAAGAGGUAAACCAUCAAAAAAGGCAAACAUACCAAAGAAGGAGUCAAUUAUUUCAUUUUCAAGUCAGGGUAUCAGUGGUGUUCACGUGUAUGACGAAAUAGACGACGCCAAAUCACAGAGAAUGUCUGUUGUCACAAUUGAUAACCCUUACGUCACACUGCCGAAAUCACCAAGGGGACAGCAUGCUACAAGAAAUAACGCGGUCACAUAUUGUAAUAUUGAGGAAAAUGUGUUUUUAUUUGAUAACAGUGGAAUAGGAGGACAGUCCGAAAACCGAAAGGCAUCAUGCGCAUAUCAGAAUACUGAAAGUAACCCGGAUCAGUUUGACAGUAAUAAAUUGACGGUCCCUAGACAUAUGUCUGUAGAUAGUACUGGGUAUCUAAUGCCGGGAACCACAAUGGAGCGGGCGCAAGCGAGACGCAACAAAAAAUAUUCCAAAGAAAAAUAAUUAACCGGAAGUUUCAAACUCACCUCGUAACUGUUACUUCCGGUGUAAAAUGUGAAUGAAAUUGACGAAAUCGCAUCUUCUCGGCCCUUUCCGUCAAACUUCGGAUAAAAACGUUAUAAUGAAUAAUA